CAUCCUUCGAGCAACAUCGUCCAGCAUGAGCUCCCUCCGCGGCCCGCUUGUCAGCGCCGACUUUCUCGUGAGUCAGCACAGCGACGUGCACUACGAUGUCGGGACGUCCAUGCACCACGGCAAGCGCCUUGCACUUCGGUUCGAUAUGAAUGGGAGCUCGAGCUACGUCGAAGUGACGCGCACGGAUGUCCUCAAGCUCGUCCAAGCCGCGGCAGUAUCUGUUCAAGCCACGUCGCCCCGGGACACCGCCAGCCGCCGCAUCGAGAUUCCCGCCAUUCACAUGCGGGAUCUGCGCAAACUAGACAACGUGUUUGCAACGGCGAACGAGCCGUCGCUCGUGGUGCGGCAGCAAGCCAUCUUGGUCAACGCCGACCCGGUGCGCGCCGUGAUUCUGCGGGAUACGUGCCUCGUCUUUUUGCCCGACGGCGCCGACAGCCUCGUCUCGGCGCUCAAACACUGCUUCAAGGAGCAGCUCGUCGAUGGCAUGAGCCUGCAAUUCGAAUUUGCUGCGCUCGAGGCCGUGCUGCACACUGUCUGCAAGGUCUUGACAAAUGACGGCGAGAAGAUCUUGCCCCUCACCAAGGUCUACGUGGACCGCAUGGCCCGAGGCGAUCUGCCCAUGAACGAAAUGGAGACGCUCCGGGCACUCAAGAAUAGUUUGCACGAACUCGAGUCCCAGGUUAGCGGUAUGCGACGCAUGCUCAUGGAGUUCUUGGAGAACGAAGACGAGAUGCGCAUGCUCAACUUGACGACAAUCCACGAGGACCCCGCGCUCGCGAGGGACUUGGAAUACCUCGACACUGACAACAUCGAGUCAUUCCUUGAAGUGUACCUUCACGACAUUUAUGCGACCCAGACGCGCGUCGCACUCAUGCUGCAAAACAUUCAAAACACCGAGGGUCUCGCCAUGCUGCGACUGGACACGAAGCGCAACUAUCUCCUCACCGUCGACUUGACGCUGACGACGUGGACGACGAUGAUUACGAUUCCGACGUUCAUCGUCGGCGGGUUUGGCAUGAACCUCGACUCGUCAACGCAGCAGACACCCUACAUGUUUUGGAUCGUCUUUGGCGUCUGCGUCCUCUUUCCCCUCGUCGGUGUACGCUACGUCAUGCUCUUUUUGGAGCGGCGCGGCAUCAACACGAGCUGGAGUGCCAACUAACCCGCAUCGUAGCUUCUAAGAAGAAUGCAUAUAUAUAUGAACGUGCUC